AUGUUACUCCGGAAAAGCGGAGUACCUUGGGCUGUAUUCUUAUUGGCCAUACAAGGCCUAGCCCAAUCAGAUGUAGGUGUCAAAGCCCCAGAUUCCACUCCAGUACCAGCUCCAUCUUCACCCAGCCCAGCCGGUGACAUACAGUUAGUUGAACAAGCUACAGAAUUUGAAGAAAGUACUACUACUGCUACACCCAAAACUUAGUAUGUUAAUAAUAUAUAUAUAUAUACUACAUGUAUAGCCACUAAUAGAUUUAUUGCUUUUUACUUACAAACGUAUCAAAAACUGACUUUUAGUGCCGGCAACUACUUGAUAAUCGCUCCAAAAAUUGCCCGACCUGGUCUACCGUAUUCAGUAUCAGUGAAUAUUCUGAAGUCGCUCGACGAAGACCACAUCGUACGUGUUGAAGUCAGAAACGCGAGGAACGAAACGAUCGGAGCCAGAGUCGUGAGCAACGUGAAAACAGCUGUGCCUCAGACCGUUUCCAUCGAGAAUCUGAGCAAAGAUGGGCUUCUGGAAGGCGAUCAGUACAAGGUCUACGUGAGGGCUGAGAACAUCGCCUCCAGAAUCCUGUUUGAAGACGAGAAACCCAUCGAAUUUUCGGGGAAAUUCUUAAGCGGCUUCGUACAGACCGAUAAGGCCAUUUACAAACCUGGAGCUACUGGUAAAUUAACAUACAGAGCUUGAGGGCAAUGUAUUAUCAUGUAUAGCAUAAUAUUUUGAAAAUUUUUAAUAGAUCUUUCAACACCGUGCUGUGCUGUCUUUUUUAUAUCAUCAACAGUGAAUUCCCAUUUUAGUGUUCUACCGUGUCGUGGUGGUAACUCCUGACCUAAAGCCAUACCAAGGAAAGAUAGGCUUAAAGAUCCAAGAUCCUGCCCAGAACGUUAUCAACCAGUUGGAAGACAAAACCUUGGUCAAAGGAGUCUUCUCCAAUCAGCUGGAGCUGGCUUCAGAUCCUCCACUUGGAGAGUGGAUGCUGAUCGUAGAGACGGAAUCUGGCAUGAAGUUCGAAAAAGGAUUCACAGUUGAAAAGUACGUUCUACCCAAGUUCGAAGUCAACAUCAGAACACCCAGCUUCAUCACCGUGAACGACGAUCUUUCUGUCUUAAUCGAUGCCAAGUAAGUAGUAAAUUGAUAACGGUAUACAACACAUAAUAUAAUACAAAACUACUUACAAAGUACCGUAGUCCCUGUAUAACAAACAAGUUAGAGUACAAGCGGCAGAGCGGCCAAAUUAGUACAUAGCAAAACAUUUUAUGUCGCAAUCUAUAAUUGCAGGUAUACUUAUGGCAAAGGAGUAUCAGGAAAAGCAAAAGUGAUUCUCGAACUGCCAUUCAACAGAUGGCACCACACCCUGCCAGUACUGCUUAACGAUGAAAAGGUGAAAGAAAACGUGGAAACUCAACAGGAAAGUACGAUCGAAAGAACCGUCAAGCUGAACAGCAUGGGUGAAGCUACAGUAGUCUUCACAAACGAAGAGCUACGGAAACACAAACUGGUCAUGGACUACGGUGGAAGUACAGUAAGAAUUCUGGCUACUGUAACCGAAGACCUAACUGAUAUUCAAAGAAAUGGAACUGCUCAGGUAAAGCAAACUAAACCUAUAAUAUUCAUUGGACUAGUCUAAAUUAGGCUGAAUAAAGGCUGAGAUUAUUGUAUGCGAUAAUUCAAUAAACAAUAUCAAGUUUUAGAUAGUAGCCUACAGACACGAUGUUCAGUUAGAAGUUGAGAAACAAGGAGACAACUUCAAACCUGGCCUCAGCUACAACGUUAUCGUAGCCUUGAAGCAGAUGGAUAACACUCCAGUGAAAGCAAAUGUACCAAAAAGAGUACAAGUCACCACCUUCUACGACUACCCAUACGAUCCCAGCAACAACAACCAGCAUGAAGACAAAGAAGUCAAGGUUGUAGACCUAGAUGCCCACGGCACCUCCGUCCUCACUCUCCAACCUCCAAUGAACUGCACUUCAGCUCGGGUAGAAGCUCACUAUGACAGAGAAGGCAAAGACAACUUCACUAACGCUCUCAUCUACACUUCCUUGUACGUUGAUGCCGCCAAAUCACCGUCAAACUCCUACAUUCAGCUCCUGGUAGACAACGAAGGAGCGGUUGAAGCCGGCAAAACAUUGUCAUUCUCUGUGAAGUCGACCGAAAGUCUUCAGACCAUCUCGUACCAGGUGAUAGCACGGGGCAGUAUCGUGCUGAGCCAAGAACAAUCCAUGAAUGGAGAUCUUGUUACCGUGACCUUCACCACAACUCCACAGAUGGCUCCAAGCGCAAGAUUGGUGGUUUACGCGAUUCGUCCUGAUAACAGAGAGGUUUUGGUAGAUGCAAUGGACUUUAAGGUUGAGGGACUCUUCAGAAACGAUGUAAGUUUGAUACCUAAAAUUAUUAUUUAUGAAAAUCAGAAACUUUGCCAAAUAUCAAAUAACUUUACUUAAACAAUUGAAAAUUGUAGGACCUUACUGUUUAAUCUGAUGUACUUCACCCUACCAUUGCUUAGAAAACCUUUUUAGGUAUCCCUAAACAUUGACAAACAGUCGGUCGAACCAGGAGAAACCGUCAAAUUCACAGUGAAAGCAGAUUCAGAUUCAUACGUCGGUCUGUUGGCCGUGGACCAAAGCGUUCUUCUUCUGAAAUCUGGCAAUGAUAUCACGAAAGACAUGGUGGAACAAGAUAUCCAAGAGUAUGAUACUACCCGCGCCAAUGGCUACAGAUAUUGGGAAGCCGACGCUUUUGGUCCCAGAAGAAGAAAACGGUCUGUGUGGUACCCAUGGUGGGGCGUGGGUGGAAAAGAUGCUAAAUCCAUUUUUGAGGUCAGUUUUGUCAGAAAUUCUGAAUGAAUUUCGGCCUAAUGUUGUGAAAGGUGUUUGUUGAGAGGAAGACUUGACUCAACUGUUGGUCAAGUCUUUCUCCUCGACAAAAUCUUGUAAAUGCCCAUAUUUUGUUGUUCUUUGGAUUUUAACUAUAGGAAAAUGAAAGAAUCUCACGAAAAUACUGUUUCAGAAUGCUGGCCUCGUUGUUCUUACAGACACCUUCGUAUACCACGAACCAGAACCCAUUCGUAAGUUAAUCGUUUCUCGUCAGUUUUUGUUGCUUUUGCUUUGAUUGUCUUUUGAAUUUUGGUGGAGUCUUGUAAUCAUAACCAAUUUUUUACUAACACAGGGCUUUACCGCACCAUGAACUCAAACGGUCUUCUGAAGCGACUCGAGAAGUCGGCGGGCAUCAGAAUCCGAAAGGACUUCCCAGAAACUUUGAUGUACGGCGAUCUUAAGGCGGAGUAAGUUUGCUUGUUUAUGUUUCUACUAAUUGGGAUAAGAACUAAGAGUUUUUGGGUUCAAUUGCAUUGAUGUUAGCUUUUUUACAAAGGAACGACGGUAUUUUAUAGUAGAUGUGAAGUAAUCUGAACUUAAUGAAAAGAGCUUGAUCUGAGUGGAAGAGUAACACAAUUAUAAUAACAUAGCAUUUUUGUCUCACUAUUAACAUUAUUUUCUAUCGUAUCACACUUUUUCUUGGCUUUCGCUGCUUCUUUUAUCUAUGAUAACAUGUUUGGUGGAUGGUUUUGUUUAUUUUAACUGUUUUAUCCGUACAUCUACUAUAACAUGUUUGAACUGUUUAACACUAUCCUAGGGCUUCUGGAGCAGUCGUUAGGUGCUCCAAAUGCGGCCGUCUUUUUUGAUGCACGUUCAGCACAAGAUAACGUUCUCCAGGUACGAAAGGACUUUCCUGAAACUUGGAUUUGGGCCGAGACUUUGGCCACAGGACAGAAGUAAGUUUACCAAGGGCGAUAUAUAUAUUUUGAUGCGAAACAUAGGUAUAUCAGGUAACACUGCAUCAAGCUGUGCCUUUAGAGAAGGUUGAACAAGGUACGAGUAUAACAUAUUAUACAAGCUGACCGAGAUUAUAACAAGAACGUUAAUUAACACGUUGAACACCAAAACUACUCUUACUCUAUCACCUUUGCUUUGCACUGAUUCUCUGAUAUUAUGUUAUAUCUUCAUUUCUACUAUGGUUUAUAUCCUGAAUGGUCAUUACUUUUGUUGUUGUGUUGUCCAUCCACCAAAGUUCAGAAGGCUUUUCUAUGUUAUCGUGACUGUUUAUCUGGAUUUAUAGGAAAGCGAUUCCGGAAUCUGAAGGCUGGAUUGGCAGCUGGUCAAAACAUUGACGUACUUGACAGUCCCAGUCUUAAAAUACGACGAGAGUUUCCAGAAACAUUUGUUUGGACCAACAUUACGAGGUUCUGCUACUUUUCACGUUUAUUAGUAGUAUAAGAUUAAGUAGUAUUAUAUUUGUUCUUUACAAACAUAGGGGGAUGCUUUGUUCUGUGAAAUGUCUUAUAGGUAUACCCAGUGUUUUGCCGGACCCGUCCGGUCCGGUUUGGUCCGGACCGGACCAAAAGAAAAUAAAGCCGGACCGGACCGAAAGAAAAGUUCCGGACCGGUCCGGAAAAAAAAAUUUUUAAUUUUAAUAAAACUGUUUUAAAAAUUGCAAAUAAAACAUAUUUUUAAGAGUUUUUAAACGUAAAGAAAGCAGUUUUAGCGCUCUUGGCUUUUUUUAAAAAUAAAAAAAUUUUUUUCCGGACCGGACCGAAAAAAUUCUCAUCCGGACCGGUCCGGCAAAACACUGGGUAUACCCAUAUCUGUAAACUACCUUAAUUACCCUGAGAAUAUUACACUAACCGUGUGUCAAUUAAUAUAAUUGUAAACAGGUCUCUUGUAAACAAUAGUUUGUCAUGUGUUGAAUGCCGUGUUACUGUGUAGUUGAAAAAACUAACACUAAUGUAACUUUACACUUUCAAAGUUACUGUGUUCAGGAUUUCGCGCAAUGCCAAUAACCUUGAACAUGGCACCGAGGCUGUAUAUUCCUGGUCCAGUAAAUGACUUUCCAUCGAGUAAUGUAGUUGAAGAGUCUCAGGUGGAAUAUGCUCCUCCUUCUGUCGUAGUCAGACGCUCUUUUCCUGAAACCUGGCUUUGGGAAUCUAUGAACACGUGAGCGUGUGUUGUGCUUCUAUUAGACAUAGAGGAUAGUAGAUUAGAUAAUAUAUAAAUGCUGGAUUACAACUUUGUAGUAUAGUUAUUACAUUACACACACAGUAUGACAUAUAGUAUCUAAAAUGACAGUUUAAACAAGGAUAAAGGGAAGGUUAGAUCUUUUAAAUUACUUCGAAAUCAACAAAACGUAUUUUAGUGAAACUGGUGAAGCCGUCUAUCAAGCUACCGUCCCAGAUACGAUCACUUCUUGGGUGGCUUCUGCUUUUGCUAUCAGCGAUCAAAGUGGACUUGGUGUAUCCCCAAACACUGCCAAGGUAAGCGUUCUCCUUCUUUAUAAUUUUUUUUAAAUUGAUUUUAAAGUGUUAAUUCUAUUUUAUAUAUGUACUAGUCCAACCACUUAAAUUAACGUUAUCUGACCGUCUACUAAUUUAUAAUUAUGUUUUUUUAGCUGAAGGUGUUCCGCCCCUUCUUUAUUAGACUCAACUUACCGUACUCUGUAAAACGAGGUGAGAAGUUUGCUCUCCAAGUUCUGGUCUUUAAUUACCUGGAGUCAGAACAAGAUGUUGCCGUGACGUUGAAGAGAAACAGCGCUUCUGGCUUUAACUUUUUGGAGAAGGACAGCUCGGGUCUGGAAAAGAAGGACCAGUCAGACAAGGCUAGCAAUGUUGUAUAUGUGUCAGUACCUGGAGGCGGUAUCUCCAAGGCUGUCUACUUCCCCAUCGUUCUCACAGAAGUCGGUCAUGUCAAGUUGCAUGUUGUAGCUCAAGCUGAUCACGCUGCUGACGCUGUAGAAGAGGUCUUGAGAGUGGAGCCGGAAGGCUACAGAGUCGACCGUAACGUGCCAAUGGCCUUGGACUUGUCUUCAAACGGCACCGUGCAGAAGAGUAUCAAGAUGGACUUUCCUUCAGAUGCCAUCGAAGGAUCGAAGAAGGCCAAGAUUGAUGUCAUUGGUGACAUCAUGGGACCAGUCUUGAGUAACCUGGAGAAUCUGGUCAGAAUGCCGUUUGGAUGUGGAGAACAGAACAUGCUCAACUUUGUGCCCAAUAUUGUAGUACUCAGGUACUUGAGAGCUACACAGAAGAGCUCUCCUGCGAUGGAGACAAAGUUGGCACGGUACAUUGAAGCUGGGUAUCAAAGGGAAUUGACUUACAAGUAGGUUAACUAACAUAUGUUUGUGCUUAUUUAGAAUGUAACAGAAUUUGAAAGUUUUAUUACCUAAUCUAACAUAACUUAACUUGCAGACGUGAUGACAACUCUUUCUCAGCCUUUGGCCAAUCUGAUAACCACGGAUCAACAUGGUUAACUGCCUUCGUUGUUCGUUCUUUCAAACAAGCGCAGCCUUAUGUUUACAUCCAAAGUGAGAUACUACAACAAGCUAUCGCCUUCUUGACGUCUCAGCAGAAUCAAGAGAAUGGAGCCUUCGCGGAGCGUGGCGAAGUGCAUCAUAAAGACAUGCAAGGUGGAGCAUCUAAUGGUGGAUAUCCUCUGACAGCUUAUGUCACUGUUGCCUUGUUGGAGAACAAUAUCAAGAACGAGAAGGCUAUUACCUACCUGGAACAACAUCUAAAGGAUGUGAGAGAAGAUCCAUAUGCUUUGGCUGUAGCUACUUAUGCACUUCAUUUGGCUGAAAGUACGAUGAAGGACGAAGCCUUCGCGAUGUUGGAGGGACUGAAACUGGAGGAAGCUGGUAAGUAGAUAAAUUUUUUAGGCUUGUUUUUAAAAUGAUAAUCAUGUUAUCAAUGUUAGAUAAAAUUACGUUUAAUUUUGUUAAAUUCAACUUUUUAAAAUGAAAAGCUGUAUUACGGGCGCUAGGACAAAUGCGGUUUUUGGACAUUUGCGGAUCUGCGGUUUUUAGACACUUGCGGAUCUUCGGUUUUUGGACACUUGCGGAUUUUGGACAUUUGCGGAUUUUUUAAAGGUUUUUUUAAAUUUUUUAGUUAGUUUAUUUGUAGUAUGGUACUAAAUUGUACGAAAGUUUAAAUUGGUGCGGUUUUAACAUAACAGUACCUUUUUGGGCUUUUAGUACCAUUCAGUACCAAAAAAUAUAAAACAGUACCAAUUUAAAAUUUAGUACUAUUUAGCACUAAAACAUAUUAAAACAGUACCAAUUUACACUUUAGUACCAUUUAGUACCAUAAUACAACUAAAUUAACUAAAAAAUUAAAAAAACCCCUUUAAAAAAUCCGCAAAUGUCCAAAAUCCGCAAGUGUCUAAAAACCGCGGUUCCGCAAAUGUCCAAAAACCGCAUUUGUCCUAGCGCCGUAUUACGAUACCUUUUUCAGACGGAUCUUCCCACUGGGCUUUAGCUCCACAGAGUUCAAGAAAGACUCGCGACACCACAAAAUACUUUUACCAAGCUCGACCGGUCGAUGUCGAGAUGACUGCCUAUGCCUUGUUGACUUACAUGAUCAGAAAUGACAUGAACAAAGCUCUGCCAUUGGUCAGAUGGCUGACUUCACAACGAAAUAGUCAAGGCGGCUUCAGUUCUACACAAGACACCGUGAUGGCGCUACAGGCAAUGGGAGCCUACGCUGAGAAGGCAUACACCAAUGACUUCUCAGUCAGAUUGGCAUUGGCUAAUGGACCUGAUCUUCAGAACUUCACGAUAUCUUCUGACAACUCCAUGGUGCUACAGUCGUAUGAACUGGCUAACUUUGAUGAUACGAUCGAGUUAGAAGCCAAUGGAAAUGGAAUGGCAUUUGUACAAGUACAGUACUCUUAUCAUAGACAGGUGCUGAAGGAAGAUGUACCAUUUUACUGUAGUAAAGAGCUGAAGGAGGUCAGGGGCGGCAACAGGAUGCAGUUGGAGUUGUGCUGCAAGUAAGUUGUGCAAGUCAAUAACUGUACUCAAUUGUGAAAGAUAAUAACGAUAUAAUAUAUAUUAUUUUGAAAUGACAUUUAAAUAUUAAAAUUCAAAAGUAAGUAAUGAAAAUGGUGACAUUGUUUUAGUUACACUCGGCCGAACUCUCGUUCGAACAUGGCUGUAGCUGAAGUCGAAGCUCUGAGUGGCUACAAGUUUGACAACGAAGAGAUGAGUAAACUGACGUCGAUCAAGGACCUACAACGAGUUGAAUUGGAGAAAGAUGACACUCGGAUGAACAUCUACUUUAACCCGGUAAGUUAACUUCCAAUAUAAAGUUAUGGUAAGAUACGAUUUUGUGUGUUUCCUAUAAGUAUUAUACUACAGGGUGCGUAAAAAGUGGUGUUACCAAACUUUACCGGUCGUUUUCUCUAUGUUAUAAUACUUUUCACGCACCCUGUAUAAUAGAUUAAUUACUGAGUUUUGUAGAUUGGAGACGUCCCAGUAUGCCUGUCGUUGUAUUCUGAUAUGGUUUAUCAGAUUGCGGACCAAAAACCAGCCCAAAUCUCAUUGUUCGAUUACUACGAUCCUGAACUUCAGGUGGAUAAUAUUAUCUAUUGCAUUUUAGUCAUCAAAUCUGUUGUUUUAUGAAAUUUUAUAUUAUCUUACCCUUUUCAGAUGAAAACAACCUACACAGUCCGCCAAUCCCGCUCGCUCCAAGACUCUUGUCCCGACUGUUGGCCUUCUGAAGACGAAUCUAGAAGUCAGUCGUCGAAUCAUCAGAGUUUCGCAUCGCGAACGAACGGUACGACCGGUCGAUUGUGGAUGUCCGUCUCGGUGUUGUUUGUCUUGUUGGUCUCAUUGCUCGUCUGAUCUACUCAGCCAUGUGUAAUACACGUUAGUAGGGUAUACUGUACAUUCUUGUUCAAUUAUUUAUGUGCUCAUCUUUAACAUUUGGCUAUAGUAACUUCGUUUUGAUUCUGUUUUGUAUGUUUAACUGAUUUAUUUGCUGUAUUUUUAACUUGAAAAGUUAAGUUUACUGUAAUUUUAUUGAUUACUGUACUUUUAUGUAUUAAUGAUUACUGUAUUUUGUGUAUUAUUCCCUUUUAAAAUGUAACUUCGCUGUGUAUUUUCUUGUCGUAACACUAGAUUGUAACUACAUAACCUUGAAGUGUGUUACUAAUCUUCUGAAGGCCGUUUGAAUAACAUACUGUGUUGAUUGGAAUACUGUCUUGGAACUUACAGUAGUAUUUCAGAAUGA